CGUUCAACCUUUCUUUGAGCUAACGAUCUUCUGUUCUUUUUUUGGUCGAUGGCAUGGUGUUAGUAGAUACGAAAGAAACAGCGACGUAACGAGGAAAUACUGAUAUCAAACAAUUCAAAAAUCUUGUCCUGAAAUAUAGAUAGGUUUUUUGCUGUGCAGCACAUGUCAUCCAUCAUAUUUUUAACAAAUCCGUUUCAAUCCUCAAAUUUUGAGGUUGUCGAUCAUUCCCCAAGGUUAGCUAGCUAGCGGGCUAACGACGAUAGCCGAUUAACGCAAAAGUAGUUAGGCUAACUAAAUCGGUAAGCGACAGUACGCUUCGAAUUUUUACUAUUGGGAACAAACCCGACGAAAGAGGGGAAUAGCAUGGCAGAAGCCGACAAGCUGAAUAUCGACUCCAUUAUACAACGUCUGCUAGAAGUGAAAGGGUCCAGACCUGGCAAAAAUGUUCAGCUGACAGAAAAUGAAAUCCGUGGCCUCUGCCUCAAAUCCCGGGAGAUCUUCCUCAGCCAGCCAAUCCUGCUGGAACUUGAGGCGCCCCUCAAGAUUUGUGGUGAUGUUCAUGGACAAUACUAUGACCUCCUGAGGCUGUUUGAAUAUGGAGGCUUUCCACCAGAGAGCAACUACUUGUUUCUUGGUGACUAUGUAGACCGAGGCAAGCAGUCCCUGGAAACCAUCUGCCUUUUGCUGGCUUACAAGAUCAAAUACCCUGAAAAUUUCUUUCUGCUGAGAGGAAACCACGAGUGCGCCUCUAUUAACAGAAUAUAUGGUUUCUAUGACGAGUGUAAAAGGCGAUACAACAUAAAGCUGUGGAAGACCUUCACCGACUGCUUCAACUGUUUGCCGGUGGCAGCGAUUGUCGAUGAAAAGAUCUUCUGUUGCCAUGGAGGCCUGUCUCCAGAUCUCCAGUCUAUGGAGCAAAUCCGGCGGGUCAUGCGUCCCACUGACGUGCCAGACCAGGGCCUCUUGUGCGACCUGUUGUGGGCAGACCCGGACAAAGACGUGCUGGGCUGGGGCGAGAACGACCGCGGCGUCUCUUUCACUUUUGGUGCAGACGUGGUGACGAAGUUCCUCCACAAACACGACAUGGACCUCAUAUGUCGAGCCCAUCAGGUGGUGGAGGACGGUUAUGAGUUCUUUGCAAAGAGGCAGCUGGUGACGCUGUUUUCCGCCCCAAACUACUGCGGGGAGUUUGACAACGCUGGCGCCAUGAUGAGCGUAGACGAGACCCUCAUGUGUUCAUUCCAGAUUCUGAAACCUGCAGACAAGAAGCUGUUCUACGGCGGCGGAGGGGGCAUGGGUUCCGGUCGCCCCGUCACGCCUCCCAGGAAAACCAAGAAAUGACACCAGUACUUGGCCCUCGACCUCCAAUCUUUCCCUCUUGUCCUCUCUACCUCUUUUCUCCUUUCUUUCACCAAACAGCCAGAAUUAAACCUUUACCCAGGGCUUUUUUCCUUUUUUAUCUGUACUUCUUAAAACAGUUAAUGUAAUGAGUUGUUCCAGUGUGUGCGUGGGUGAGCAGACUACAACUAUGUCUCGUCUGCAGAGGAGCGUCAGACUCGUCUGCACGUGUACAUUUUACGGGGAGGGGGGUAUUAGAGAUUUCUACUCCUCCCCUCUCUGACCACUCUUGUCUUGGACAGGUUCAAAGCGCAGCGCCAGUCUGUACAGUAAUUUUGACUGAAAAAGAAAAAAACAAACAAGAUUUGCUGGAGUUGAUAGGAGUUUGCAUUGAGGACCCCCCCCCCCCAUGUCUGCAGGUGAUGUUCCUGUGCACUUGUGGAGAGGGGAGGGGGAGGUAUGUUGUUUUCCUGUCCUCUGUACUGUAAAAUCUCGAAUACCGAUACGUUUGCGCGUGUGUGCGCACAUUCGCGGCGCCUCGUCCAUCCGUGUGGAGAUUUUUUUUCCCUCAUGCGGGACGGAGCUGAGGACUAACAAACGUGUGUGCGCACACACACGCACAAGCAAACACAAACAACUCUUCAGAGUAAUAUGAGCCAGAGCUGUAAAAGUCCCGUACAGUUUAGGUUUGUACAGAUUUGAUUACUUGAAAGAGAUUUUUUGUGAAUUCGUUUUGUAGUCUUUCAUCAAGUUGACCAAUAAAGUGAGAAUCUGACCUGAA